AAUGCGGUCCCAAACUAGAAAACACAGUUCAGACCGACUUUAAAGCCCUCCUAGAUGGGUCGCGGAGCGCCGUGAAAACCCGCCACGGAGACCCUGAAAACGUGCUGGAUCUCUCUUUUUCCUUAUUCUUCUUCUUCACCUUCUUCUUUUUCUUCUUCUGUGGUGGUGGCGGCAACGCUGUUGCGUCGCAACGACUGCUGGGUUACUGGAGCGGAUUCCUCCGUCGGAGCAGCAUUGCGCGCAUUCAUAUCCAGAGGGAAGAGGAACCAGCGCCCCCCCCUCUCUCUCACACUCUCUCUGUCUCCCCUCACUCUCCCUCUCUCUCUCUCUCCCUCCGAGUCGAGCUUGUUACGCAGUUAAAUCCUUUCCAAGGGCCAUUUGUUUCUUUCGCCGUGCCUUUCCCCCCCGUCCCGUCCUGUGCGGGAUGCGGCCGCUGCUGUAGGACCCCGCUGGCUCAGUUAAAGAAGAAAAAGAACAAGUUUACAACAAACGUCGGUGUGAAGGAGACAGAAAAUGUCCUCGUCGAGGUUCAAAAAGGAUAAAGAAAUCAUCGCGGAUUACGAGAGUCAAGUCAAAGAGAUCCGCGCCCAGUUGGUGGAACAGCAGAAAUGUAUGGACCAGCAGACGGAGAUGAGGGUCCAGCUGCUGCAGGACCUCCAGGAUUUCUUCAGGAAGAAGGCCGAGAUUGAGAUGGAGUACUCCAGAAACCUGGAGAAGCUGGCCGAACGCUUCAUGGCCAAGACGCGCAGCACCAAGGAUCACCAGCAGUACAAAAAGGACCAGAACUUGCUGUCUCCGGUCAACUGUUGGUACCUGCUGCUGAACCAGGUGAGGAGGGAGAGUAAGGACCACGCAACGCUGAGUGACAUCUACCUCAACAACGUCAUCAUGAGGUUCAUGCAGAUCAGUGAGGACUCCACACGGCUACUAAAGAAGAGCAAGGAAAUAGCCUUUCAGCUGCAGGAAGACUUAAUGAAGGUCCUAAAUGAGCUGUACACAGUGAUGAAGACGUACCACAUGUACCACUCGGAGAGCAUCAGCGCCGAGAGCAAGCUGAAAGAGGCUGAGAAGCAGGAGGAGAAGCAGAUCGGCAGAGGAGAGCAGGUCUUCAGCAUCCGGAUGGAAGACAAAUACCAGCGGCGCAGCUCUGUGAAAAAGAUCGAGAAGAUGAAAGAGAAGCGCCAAGCCAAGUACUCCGAGAACAAGCUGAAGUCCAUCAAAGCGCGGAACGAGUACCUCCUGACACUGGAAGCGUCAAACUCCUCCGUUUUCAAAUACUACAUCCACGACUUGUCGGACCUAAUCGAUUGCUGUGAUUUGGGGUACCAUGCCAGCCUGAACCGGGCCCUGCGCACCUACCUGUCGGCCGAAUACAACCUGGAGACUUCACGCCACGAGGGUCUCGACAUCAUAGAGAACGCCGUGGACAGUCUGGACCCGCGGAGUGACCGCCAGAGGUUCAUGGAGAUGUUCCCCACGGCCUUCUGCCCACCGGCAAAAUUUGAGUUCCAGUCUCAUAUGGGAGACGAGGUGUGUCAGAUCUCGGUGCAGCCAGCGAUGAAUGGAGAGCUCAUCCUGAGGUUCCAGCAGCUUCAGUCCCGCCUGGCUACCCUCAAGAUAGAGAACGAGGAGAUCAAGAAGACGUCGGAGGCCACGCUGACCACGAUCCAGGACAUCGUCACCAUCGAGGACUACGACGUGUCCGAGUGUUUCCACCACAGCCGAUCAACAGAGUCUGUCAAGUCCACAGUGUCAGAGACGUACCUCAGCAAGCCCAGCAUCGCCAAGAGGAGGGCCAACCAGCAGGAGACCGAGCAGUUCUACUUCAUGAAAUUCCGGGAGUUUCUGGAGGGCAGUAAUCUCAUCUCCAAACUGCAGGCCAAACACGACUUGCUGAAGAGGACACUUGGUGAAGGCCACAGAGCGGACUACAUGACCACAAGACAUCCCAAUGGGCCGUUCAAAACCCUCACCGGCACCCGGCGGGCUAGACCCCGCUCAGUUUUUAAUGUUAGGUUGUUUAAUGGCAAUUUGGAGUCAUUUAUCAAGGACUCUGGACAAGCUAUUCCCCGCGUGGUAGAAAGCUGUAUUCGCUUCAUAAAUUUGUAUGGCCUCCAACAUCAAGGAAUAUUUCGGGUAUCUGGCUCCCAACUGGAAGUCAAUGACAUCAAGAACUCUUUCGAAAGAGGCAAUGACCCCCUGACGGAUGACGAGAACAAUCAUGACAUCAACUCGGUGGCUGGCGUUCUCAAACUAUACUUCCGUGGUCUGGAAAACCCACUGUUCCCCAAGGAAAGGUUCAACGAUCUGCUGUCCAGCAUCAGAAUAGAAAACCUAUAUGAGAGAGCGCUGUACAUCCGCAAGAUCCUUCUGACCGUUCCCAGAUCCGUCCUCGUCGUCAUGCGCUACCUCUUCGCCUUCCUCAACCACCUGUCCCAGUACAGCGACGAGAACAUGAUGGACCCGUACAACCUGGCCAUAUGCUACGGCCCCACGCUCAUGCCCACACCGGACAGCCUGGACCAGGUCUCCUGCCAGGCCCACGUCAACGAGAUCGUCAAGACCAUCAUCAUCCACCAUGAGACCAUCUUUCCCGAUACCAAAGAACUGGAAGGGCCCAUCUACGAGAAGUGUAUGGCCGGGGGAGACUAUUGUGAGAGCCCCUACAGUGAGCAUGGAGCCCUGGAGGAAGUAGAAAACGAGGGAGGGACUGAGGCGCACACCAGCGAGGACGAGGGCGAGCCCAUUGAAGCCAUCGCCAAGUUCGACUACGUUGGCCGCUCGUCCCGAGAGUUGUCCUUCAAGAAGGGCGCCUCGCUGCUGCUGUACCAGCGGGCGUCAGACGACUGGUGGGAGGGGCGGCACAACGGCAUCGAUGGCCUGGUGCCGCACCAGUACAUCGUGGUCCAAGACAUAGAUGACAGUUUCUCAGACAGCCUGAGUCAGAAGGCGGACAGCGAGGCCAGCAGCGGCCACGCCGGAGAGGAUAAAGGCCUGGGAAAAGACGUCGGCUCGCCCUCUGACACCAGGAUCUCUGAGGCUUAUAUCACCAGCAGGCACAGGAAAAGAUCCGAACCACCGUCUCGGCGGCCGCCGGCCCGCCCCAGCGACGCCCACUGCGUGGUGCAUCCCUCCCAGCAUGGCCACGAAGGACACACCCCCGAGAUGGGCUCCCCGGUCAUCGGCCACCUCAGCCCGCGGGACGUGCUGCGGAGUCGCGGCCACGCGCCCGUGGACAGCCCCGAGCGCCGCCGCCGCACCGGCCACGGCAGUCUGACUAACAUCAGCCGCAACGAGGCGCUGAAGAAGAUGGAGAGCCCCCCGAUCCGCCGCUCCACCUCCUCGGGCCAGUACGCGGGCUUCGCCGACGGCCACCACCACCACCACCAUCACCACCACCACGGCGGCAAGCCCCUCGACCCGGAGACCAUCGCACAGGACAUAGAAGAAACCAUGAACACCGCUCUGAAUGAGCUGCGCGAGCUGGAGCGCCAGAGCUCGGCCAAGCACGCGCCCGACGUGGUGCUGGACACCCUCGAGCAGCGGCAGACCUCUGGCGGCAGCGGCGGGGGUCCCACGCCGGCCAGCUCCAGCGAGUCCCUCAGCCCCAUCCACGGCGUCACGCUGCGGCCCACCGCCGCCACCGAGCCGCCCAUCCGCCGCAGCAUCAGCUCCUCCAACGACACCAUGAGCACCUUCAAGCCCCUGGUAGCACCCCGCAUGGGGGUGCAGCUGAAGCCCCCCGCCCUGAGGCCCAAGCCCAUGCUCCUGCCCAGGUCCAGCCAGGCCUCCCAGCCGGCAGCCUCAGCUGCCCAGGACCCUCUGGACAAGUCCUGCACCAUGUAGCUCCGGGAAGGGAACCGGAGAUGUGAAGCAAAGACGCGGAGGAGCGUUACCGAUCGUCUGUCUCCAUGCCGUGCGCGGCCACGUGUUGAUGUGCUUGGUUUACUAUUAUCUAACAAAUGUCUAAGGAAAUUCAAAAACAACAAAUCACAAAGGCUUCCUUCGAGGUUUUAGAAAACGUACACUAGUUUAGUUUAGUUUGAGGACAUUCAUGAACUGUAACUUUGAGCAGAACACGCCGCAUGUAGCGCCGCCGCUUCGCCACCGGACCGGAGAGGGAGCUUGAUGAGGGCUGUAGUGACCGCAGCGCCGUUCUCUCUCAUCCCGGACUAAAGGACUUUUGUUUCUGUUUUCUUUUACGUAGGAGGGCUUUCGAAGCGGUUGUGCGCCGGCCGCGAGCCCUUUUUGACUUUGAGACGUAACAGAUUUCACAUGUUAAACUAUUAUAAAGGUGCUGUAACUACCUGGACAGGAAUGGUUUGGAAAAGAUCCGACUGAUUAAGGGCCUGAAGAGCCGUUAACUACCAAUAGUCUGUUCAUAGAUAGUAGUUUGAUUAGCAGUGUGCUUUCUUCACUGGCGUGUCAGCAACUUUCCUUGGCAAUGCACAACCUUCUGCUGUGUCUCUGAAAUGUACAAAGCUCACCUCCACUGGGUUCACUGCGAAACACAACUUCAACAUGCUUCCACAUUGGCUGGAAUGAGAGAAGACUGAUGGGUGAAACCACUACUUCAUUAUGAGCCGCGUUUGAAUUUGACUAAUUCUUCAUUUCCGGCAUCAGCAGCUCACGAUGCCUGAUGAUUACUUUGCCUUCGCAUCCAUGUAACAAAUGGUGGAGCAGUGUGAAAACAACACGACCAAUCACUUCCUACCUGCAGUAAAGGCGACGCGCAGCGCGGCGCCGACGACACGCGCAGGUUCUUUCCGCCUCGCUCGGCCCGAUCGACCCAAAGACACGAGUGUUAACAAGUUAACGGACGUGACCCUCCACUUGCGAUGUAGGCAUAUUUCAUUUGUGCCGCCGUGUUUAGGCUCAAAGCAGCAGCCGUGGACCUGACGACUGUUGCCGUGGAAGCCUCCCUGAUGUGUUGUGCUUCUCUGCGACCUGCAGCUCACUCCGUGUCCCCCGGUGAGAAUGCAAAGUAAUGUGUGUGUGUGUGUGUGUGUGUGUGUGUGCGCCCCUCGACUGUGUAUUUUUCAAAAUAGCGUCAGUACUUGUACAGUACUCACUGAACUGUGUGCAUGACCUGGGAGUGUUUAGCUAGCAAAGUAACACACAGAAUAUAAUUGGUUUGUGAUGAAUAAAUAAUGCUCUCUAACCGCGGGUUUACACCAUCUUUGACUUGACAGACAUUGUGUGUGUGUGUGUGUAUAAUAGUCGAAAGAAGAUUACAAUCUGACUUACUAACUUUUUUCUUUUUUGUUUGUUUGUUGCGUUUCUGGAUAGAAAUGACUUGGUAAUAAACAUCCAGAGAUCCAGUAUGAAUCCAGUUGUAAUAAAAAGAAGUGCUUUUGUCACUAUGUUACGUCACCAUCACCAGUAGGACUGCGUGACGCCGUCUGUAGGCUUUCAGCUUCUCUGCUGUCCCGUACGUCUGUAGGAUGUACUUGUACUUGUUAUGUAAGUGCCUUUUGAAAAAUGUUUUAGACAAACUCCAGACAUUGUGUACUGUUGCAUUUUCAUGUCAUUCUGUUUUCUUUUGAGAAUAUGCAGCGCAGGAAGACCAUGAAUAAGUAACGAUGCCCUUUUCCAGACAGUUAUAAGGCAGAAUGAAUAAUGAAAAGCUUACCCAUUGUGACAUUGCACUUUUAUGUAUAUAACUGUAUAUAUGGCAUGUUGCAUCAUAACAUUUAGAGUUCUUCGAGGGCUUAUACCUCAAUGGAUUUCUUUCUAAUAAAGGAAAUAGUUUGUCAAGUC